AUGCGCUACGUCCCCGAAGUAGCUCGGUACAAUGUUGCCAUGAAAAAUACGUUUGCACACGAAACGGCUGUCAAACGCUGGCCGACCAUCCUCACACAAGUGGUCGAUGGCCUUUUUCGACAGUGUCAUGAUCUAUCGAACGAAGCGUCGAUGACCGGCAAAGUCGAAGAGGGCAAGAGUAUUAUCGAAAAGAUAUCUGGUCUCAAGUACGAGCUCACACGCGACCGGCCACUCAAUACGCUGAAUGUAACUGCGGACAACGCAUCCACGUUAGGAAACAGCAAGGCGCCUACGACGGAAUCGUAUGAUGCUGUGAUUUCUUCUACGCAGCCCAGCUGGCACAACGCAGACUGGCUCUUUACAGAGUGCUAUUUGUAUCGUCGUCUUCGGCUCUUGUUUGAAACGUCGAAAAACUGGCAGGAUUACGAUCCUUUUAUGCAGUCUAAGGUCGAUACAUUCCGUGCCUCUGGUCGGGGAAUUCAUGCUUGUGCUACAUGGAUCGAAGAAUUGUUGUCAAAGUCUAGCAACUACAAGGCCUCUGAGCCUGGCACUGAUGUUCUGUUUCAAGAACUUAUGUCCUCCUCGCUCUGGGGGAAUGCCACUGAUUUGAGCUUGCUGACGAAUGUUGAUUACACGCAUCUGCAAAAACUACAAGCGACGUCUCACGAAGAACGUUCUGCGAAAGCAGCUCAUCUUCUUGUGAACGACCUCCCCAAGGUAUGGAACAAAGUACGAACGAUCCAAGAAGGCCGUGUUGAUAUUGUGCUGGACAAUGCGGGCUUUGAGCUCAUCACUGAUUUGCUCCUGGCCGACUUUUUGCUGACGUUGCGUGCGCCUAUUGCUACUGCGUCUAAGGGGCGAAGUGACGAGCUUGAAAAGCGUGUAUCUAGAGUGAAGGAGCGUAUUUCAAACGUGUGCAAGCAAGCGCAAGUGAAGAAGGAGCCACGCUUCCUGGCCGUGUCAAAACUCCAUCCCCCUUCUGAUAUUAUGAGCGUGUACGAGCGCACAGGACAGCGUCAUUUUGGUGAGAACUAUGUACAAGAGCUCGUGGAAAAGUCCCAAGUUUUGCCGGAGGAUAUUCAGUGGCACUUUAUCGGUGGCCUGCAGAGCAACAAGGCCAAGCUCUUAGGAGCUGUGCCGAACUUGUACCUGGUUGAGUCUGUGGACUCGGAAAAGCUGGCGAUGGGCCUACAAAAAGCCGUGGCUAAGUCAGAAAAUGCGGCACGGCGUACACAGCCGCUCAACAUCUUCAUUCAGGUGAAUACGAGCGGGGAGGAAGGUAAGAGUGGUCUCCCAGCCAUGACGGAGCCAUGGUCUGGCGAGGGCGAGAAACCUGUGCUGCUCGCUGUGGCGCAGAAAGUUAUGCUGUCAUGCCCUCAUCUGCGCUUUCAGGGCCUCAUGACCAUUGGUUCGCUGUCCAAUAGCCAGGCAUCGCAAGGGGCAAGCCACCGCAACCCCGAUUUUGAUGUAUUGGUGGCCUCCCGGAAGCACUUGUCCGAGGCCUUGCGGCGUGAUACUGCGUUUACCCAGCAAUUGGCUUCGACCAAGUGGUGGACACCGUCUGGCGAGGUAUCGGGCGUGUAUGAAGACUUGUCAGAUACGAGUUUGGAGUUGAGUAUGGGCAUGUCGUCCGAUUUGGAAGCGGCGAUUCGUAUAGGCAGUACCAAUGUGCGCAUUGGCAGCGACUGUUUCGGAUCUCGUUCUUCCAAUGCGGUGGCUGCCGAUGUGCGUGCCGCUGAGAUGAAGCGCUAUGAAGAUAUGACUGUGGUGAAAGAAGUGGUAUUCCAUCCUAAGACCAUGCCUUGGUUUGUCAGUGAUACGUGUGUGAAGGAUGUGUGGUUCACCUUGGACCAGCUUUUGGCCGAGGAUUUCUUUACAGGUAACCACGCUGUGCCUUCUAUGACGCCUAUUCACUCCAUGGCACGUCGUUGGCGCGAGCACUUUGAUGCUGGGCGAUUCCGUUUGUCGAUGCCCAGCGAUGCACCGCUCGGCGCGAGCGUUGGACCACUUGGCGACUUUUGGACGCAGCCGGAGAGCUAUGGGCACCUUCCUGAAGCGGCUCCUGCCUUGUUGGCUGAGCUGCAAUCUUCCGAUCUUGUGAUUUUCAAAGGGGACUUGAACUAUCGGAAAUUGACGCAGGACGCCAUGUGGCCGCCAGAGACACCUUUCGAGAAAGCGCUCGGGUCGCUAGCUGGUCUUAUUGACUUGGUGGCGCUCCGGACAUGCAAAGCGGAUGUCAUUGUGGGCCUGAAAGAGGGCCAAGCGGAGGCAAUGGACCAGCGUGAUGCGUCUUGGCGUGCAAAUGGCGCUUGGGCCGGGCGUGCGCAGUCGCGCUAA